CGUUGCUCGAAACGUGGCAACACUGCCCCCGCAACCAUCUUCCCUCAACGGUUGUUUGUUGAUCUUUUUUUUUUCGCAGAUCGACGAUCGUUGAAGCUAGAAGUACCAGCUGAAAUUUGGUUUGAAUCGAAAUUUAUUUUGUAAGCGUAGUAUUUAUCAUGAAGUUGAGUUAAUUGUGCGGUGGAAAUGGCGUUGGAGGUUUUAGACAGCUUGAAGUGCCAUGAGAAAUGUGUUUUUUGUCGACAUAACGAUGUCGACGAAUUGCACUAUGGCAAGAUGUAUCGUUAUGAGGAGAUUAUCACUCAUUAUUUUUGUAUGCUUUUUUCAUCGAAUAUGGAACAAAAUGGAGAAGACGACCAAGGUAUUUUGGGAUUCUUACCGAAGGAUAUCAAGAAAGAAGUAGGCAGAGGGAGUAAAUUAACCUGCAGUUACUGCCAACAUUCAGGGGCCACUAUUGGCUGCAAUGUUAAACAAUGCAAGAAAAAAUUUCAUUAUCCUUGCGGAAUUCAACACGGAUCGCUGCAUUUAUUUUAUGGCCAAUUCAAAUCGUAUUGUUAUGCUCAUCGACCAUCGCAACGUAUACCACAAGAUGCGAUCAAGUUGACGGAGAAAUCCAUAUGCGUGAUGUGCCAGGAUGAAGUGACAGCUAAACCGUUGCCUAGCACUGUUUGGGCCGCUUGCUGCAGAACAACUUGGCUGCAUAGAAAUUGUGUUCAAAGAAUGGCUAUCAAUGCCGGUUACUUUUUCAAGUGUCCCAAUUGUAAUAAUAAAGACAUUUUUCGAAAAGAGAUGCUAGAGAACGGUAUCUACAUUCCAGACCAGGACGCUGCUUGGGAACUCGAGCCCAACGCCUAUCACGAAUUGACUGAAAGAUACAGCAGAUGCGAUGCAGUUCAAUGUAUGUGUCCUAACGGUAGAAAUUUUUCCGAAGCUGGGAACGAUUACGAGAUAAUACUUUGUAGUUUUUGCGGCUCUCAAGGCAUACAUAACAAAUGUGGCGAAGAUUACUUCGAUGAGAAAGGACAAUGGACAUGUACAUCUUGCGUAUCGAUUGUCAAGAGCAGAACAUCUGGCGUUGAUUCAAGUACCAGUACGAGUGUCAAUGUGGAAGAUCCGGGACCUUCGAGCACAUCUGAGAAGACACGAAGCGUUCGUCAAUCUCAAAAUUUAAGAAAAGACCGCUGCUCUUCGAGUCAGUCGCAAGUAUCGAACUCGAGAAAGCGAACGUUAUCGUUCGAUUCGGAAGAUGAAAGUUCGUGUAAAGUUCCUGCAAUUGAAUUGCCCAGAAAUGAUGAUGAAAACGAACCUCUGCAUUUGUUGAAUAGUUCCGGCGAACACAUCGAAGUCGUUCGUUUGCAGAAUAUUAAUGCUGCGAGUGUCGAAAUAGGCGGCGUAAAAGUUAAUAAUCCAGUCAACUCGGACGAUAUAAUUGUUUCAAUUGACAGCGACGAUGACGACGACGCCACCGCACCUCAACCUGUCAUGCGACCGACGAAAAAAGUUACCCCUAAUACCGCUCCCAGUAUUUAUAUCGAUUUAUUAGACGAUAGCGACGAAGAAGAAGAAACAUCGCUAACUGCCACGAAUCCUGCUCCUGCUACAGCAUCGGCACAGCCACAACCAGCAUCUUCGGUUACCAAUGGUCGAGUUGAUGAUGAUGAUGACGACGACGACGACGACGAUGUAAUUUUCGUCGGCUGUGAUCCUCCUGAGGCUAGACCUCCCAAAGUUGAUAAUUCUACCGCAUUAAUCCGGAUAGUCGAUCACGAUCGCACAUAUAUCGUUUCUCCGAUGGAUAUAAGGAGGAACGAUAAUAUAGACUUAUUCGCCAAUAACAACGCCGGAAAUGUUACCAUUAAUUCGCUGAAUCCGGUCCGGUCUAGUUUUAGAGUUUUACCAAACGAUAGAAGUUUCGUUUGGCAAAGUGUACCACUUCAUAAAUCCAAUGCUAAUCAUUACCCUCAGCAUCCGCUGCCACAGAUUAUAUCAGCGAUCAGUUUAGGAAACUCGAUUGUUUCUAAUAAUAAUGCCGGUUCUAAUAAUUAUAUUUCGAAAGAAAAUGAAUCAAAUUCAUGGAUGACGACAGACGCUUCGGAAAUCAUCAACUUGGAUUGAUGUAAAUUCAACCAAUCGUAACGCCGAAAUAUGUACUUGGACUGGUUUGGAAAAAUUUGUAAUUUAUGUUUUAUUCUCUGUUUUUUAUGUGUAAAAUGGCGAAGUUGGUUUUUAUAGUGAUCAUCUCGGAUAUAUAGCUUUAAAACAAAAACAAAAAAAAAUGAUCGUUUUAGAAAAUAUUUUAUCGAAUACUAAGUAGUCGUUUCGUUUUCGGAAAAGUCUCGAGUGGGAGGCUGAUUUGGUGAUUGUUUUUAAAAUCGAUGUUUCUUCGACUGAGCCAAACAAAAAAAUCGAUAUAGUCAUAUGUAUUUAAAGGUGACGUCGCUUCGUUGCCAAAUUUUUCAUAUUUUCGUUAUGCUGGGUGGGUAUGUGUAGUGAAAAAGUGACGUAUUUUUAAUUCCGACUCUUUAUUAUCGACUGUUUCAACUUCACGUUUCAGUUUUGAAGUUAAAAUUUAUUAUUAUUAUUCUUUUUUUUAUUUGAAUUUUUGAGAUUUCAUUUCAAAAGCGUUAAAUUAGCUACGUUGGUUUGAUAUCGGAUCUCUACUAGAUUUUGUGUUAUUUAUGUUGAAUGAGUAUGAGUAAUAUUAUUUAUUUCACACGUUUUUCAAACGUCUUGAUGUUGUAAUUAAAAAUUUUCAACCGUUAUUAAAA